GAAAGUCACUUCAACCCGGGAGAAGGAGGUUGCAGUGAGCCGAGAUCGGCGCCACUGCACAACUAUCUCAAAAAAGCAAACAACAACAAAAGGCGGACCCUCCCUAUCCCCAUUCAAAAGCAACGUUGUGAGGAGGCUCAGCUGUGACAGCGAGCUCUACUCCCCUCCCCCAUUCCCAAGCGCAGCACUCUUCCACCCUGUGCUUACCCAGAGCAGGUUUCCGUUUCUUCUCACUUCCCCUUCCGGGUCAGGACCCUGCCCAUGUUCCGGUCUUGCGCACGAGGGCUAGAACGCUGCAACUCUGCCGGCGUUUCCAUGGUAGCGAGUGGCCGGAUCCUUGAGGGGCUAAGCAACAAAGUAGUAUCAGUGUUCCGUAGCCCCACUGGAACUACGCAGAGCCAGGCCAGCGGGACCACAGAAUGGGCUGAGGCGGCGGCGGCUCUUUGGAUAAAGUCGACAGCGGGACGUGGGGCGUGACGCCGUAGUAAAAGCCCAGCUUGAAAAUGGAGAUGUAUGAAACCCUUGGAAAAGUGGGAGAGGGAAGUUACGGAACAGUCAUGAAAUGUAAACAUAAGAAUACUGGGCAGAUAGUGGCCAUUAAGAUAUUUUAUGAGAGACCAGAACAAUCUAUCAACAGAAUUGCGAUGAGAGAAAUAAAGUUUCUGAAGCAAUUUCAUCAUGAAAACCUGGUCAAUCUGAUUGAAUUUUUUAGACAGAAAAAGAAAAUUCAUUUGGUAUUUGAAUUUAUUGACCACACAGUAUUAGAUGAGUUACAACUUUAUUGUGAUGGACUAGAGAGUAAACGACUUAGAAAAUACCUCUUCCAGAUCCUUCGAGCAAUUGACUGUCUUCACAGUAAUAAUAUCAUUCAUCGCGAUAUAAAACCUGAGAAUAUUUUAGUAUCCCAGUCAGGAAUUAUUAAGCUCUGUGAUUUUGGUUUUGCACGAACACUAGCAACUCCUGGGGACAUUUAUACGGACUAUGUGGCCACACGCUGGUAUAGAGCUCCAGAAUUAGUAUUAAAAGAAACUUCUUAUGGAAAACCUGUGGAUAUCUGGGCUUUGGGCUGUACGAUCAUUGAGAUGGCCACUGGAAAUCCCUAUCUUCGUAGUAGCUCUGAUUUGGAUUUACUCCAUAAAAUUGUUUUGAAAGUGGGCAAUUUGUCACCUCACUUGCAGAAUCUCUUUUCCAAGAGCCCCAUUUUUGCUGGAGUAGUUCUUCCUCAAGUUCAACACCCCAAAAACGCAAGAAAAAAAUAUCCAAAGCUUAAUGGAUUGUUGGCAGAUAUAGUUCAUGCUUGUUUACAAAUUGAUCCUGCUGAUAGGAUAUCAUCUACUGAUCUUUUGCAUCAUGAGUAUUUUACUAGAGAUGGAUUUAUUGAAAAAUUCAUGCCAGAACUGAAAGCUAAAUUACUGCAGGAAGCAAAAGUCAAUUCAUUAAUAAAGCCAGAAGAGAAUUCUAAAGAAAAUGAACUCAGGAAAGAUAAAAGAAAAACAGUUUAUACCAAUACACUGCUAAGUAGUUCAGUUUUGGGAAAGGAAAUAGAAAAAGAGAAAAAGCCCAAGGAGAUCAAAGUCAGAGUUAUUAAAGUCAAAGGAGGAAGAGGAGAUAUCUCAGAACCAAAAAAGAAAGAGUAUGAAGGUGGACUUUGUCAACAGGAUGCAAAUGAAAAUGUUCAUCCUAUGUCUCCAGAUACAAAACUUGUAACCAUUGAACCACCAAACCCUAUCAAUCCCAGCACUAACUGUAAUGGCUUGAAAGAAAAUCCACAUUGCGGAGGUUCUGUGACAAUGCCACCCAUCAAUCUAACUAACAGUAAUUUGAUGGCUGCAAAUCUCAAUUCAAAUCUCUUUCACCCCAGUGUGAGGUUAACUGAAAGAGCAAAAAAGAGAUGCACUUCUUCACAAUCUAUUGGACAAGUUAUGCCUAAUAGCAGGCAAGAGGAUCCAGGUCCUAUUCAAAGCCAAAUGGAGAAGGGUAUAUUUAAUGAGCGAACAGGUCACAGUGACCAAAUGGCAAAUGAGAACAAAAGGAAGCUGAAUUUUUCCAGAUCUGACAGGAAAGAAUUCCAUUUUCCAGAAUUGCCUGUCACAAUACAGCCAAAAGAUACAAAAGGAAUGGAAGUUAAACAGAUAAAAAUGCUGAAGAGGGAGUCAAAGAAAACAGAUUCAUGUAAGAUACCAACUUUACUUAAUGUGGAUCAAAACCAAGAAAAACAAGAGGGUGGAGAUGGCCGUUGUGAGUGGAAGAAUUUGAAGAGAAACAGGUUUUUUUUCUCGUAGUGUCUUUUCUUUUAAAUAGUCCUAAAAAUACAAGAUGACAACUCUUCCCUUUUUAUUUAUCUACAAUAGAAAUGUGAUGUGAGUUACUGUUAAGACAGCCGUCCAUGUGCAUGAGCAUCAUCCAGCUUUUUUUUGUUAGCAAAGCCUUUACUGUUUUCUUCUCCCUUUUAAGACUCUGUUGAUGUGAUAAUUUGAUUUGGAAUUAUAAAGUCAUCUUUUCUCUGCCUACU